CGCCGUAUCAUCCCAUCCCUAUGAAUUUAUCUGUCAUCUAUCUAUCCAAUGUUGCCAGUAAUCCGAAUAUCUACAUUUAAAAUUCUUAUAAGAUUCUGAAACAUGGCAUUGUUGGUUAUUGAUUGAAAAAUAUAAACAAUGUUAGUGGAAAUCAUUGGCUCCUCUAGUUUGCGAUUUUAAAUUUUAAUAUACCAUACUGUAUGAUAUAAUUAAUAGUUCGGCGAAAACAUAAAAAAGGACAAAAAACUGCUGCAUUAUACUAGGACAGAGACACUAUGUCGAAACAAUUGAUCGCUGGACAAGAAAAAAGAAUUAAAGAGUCAUUGUUAAAUUUUGUGAAAACACACAUCCCUAAUGCAGACCUGAAUCUUAUUGAUGAUAUAAUUCUAAGUUAUGCAGUUGCUAUUCUUGAAGAUAUUGGUGAUGACCCAAAUUUUGAUGUUGAAGAAUUUUGCGAAAUGAUGUCUGCUUACUUCCCAGAAUUUGAAUCUAUCAACCACUCAACCGUGUAUGAAUGGAUGUUUGAACUUGAAGCACAAUUAAGGAAUAAUCACUCAGAAGAAAAGAAUACUCUUAUAGACCUAUCUUUUCCAGAGAUAGUGUUGAAACCAAAGAUAAGGACGUCAAGUGUAUCAGAGGUUUCAGAUGUGCCAAAGAGAGUUCAUAAGCUUUCAGAAGUAAGCGACGGAAGUUCUGUGGAUAGUUCCUGUUGUGAUUUCGCUGACGAAGUAGAUGUUCUCCAAGAGAUGUUUCCAGAUGUUUGUUCUAUAGAAGUGAAACAUUGCUUAACUAUUGCCUGCGGGGAUUUAGAGAGAGCAACUCAAAUCCUCAUUGAUCGGCAAGAAAGUGGCCAGUGUCUUUCUCCAAAUAAUUCCCUUACUUUGCACAUCAGCAAAUCCACCAUCAAUGACACGGAACUCAAGAACAGGAUUAUAGAACGCUAUUCGUAUAUUGAUAAAGAUGCUUUCACUAAAGAGCAUCGCCCUGUGGCCCCUAAAGUAGAACCCAAAAAACUUAUACGUUACAGAGACAACAAAAUCGUGAGUCUUAAAGGAGAGAGAUUCACUGAAGUUAAGAAAGGCGAGGACGUUGAUGAUGUAUCCUUAAAGAAGAAUAAAAAAGGACAAGUCCCGUAACGUACUGUUGCUUUGAGUAUCAGUUUAACACAUUGUCUGAUUUUAUUUAUUCAUUUGACUGAUUUUUUUAUAUAUUUUAUAUUAUGUAUUAUUGUUAUUUUUUUAAAUUCAUUUCUGUUUUAUUCUAAAGGCGUGAAUAUUUCAAACAGUAUUUCUUGUAUAUUUUCUAGUUACGUUUUUACUUUUUCCGUAUUCGAUUUUAUUGUCUUUGUCUUCAAACAUUUAUUUUUCUUCAUUUUCAUCUCAUAUUAUAUAAAUAUUUUUUUUAGUCUUUUAUCGUUUUCUACUCAAAUAAAUUACUCCAUACCAUUUCUCGAAAUGUUAUUUUGGCGCAAUCUCGAAUCUUGUGCAUCGAAUGUUUAUCGUUGUUCGGGGACCGAAGGAUUAAACAAUGUAUUUUCUUCUAGCUAUAUUAUAUUGUGUCAGAAGUGUUUCACAUUUUAUAGAUUAGAAUUUCAUGUUGUUUCAUUAUGUCUUAAGGUUAAUAGUGUGUGUAAUAUGUUAUCGAUAAAUAUUUAUCAAUUGUAUGGCACCUCGAACUAGCUAUAAGGAGCAAGUGUAUGGUCAGAUUUCAUCGAGUUAUAGGAAAAAGAUUCAGUACUGAUGAAAACGUACAGAGUUAGAGUUUUUUUACGCAAUAAAUAGCAAAUACUGUUCAUUAUUAAUUUUGACUGAGUACAUAGAAUACAGAAGUAGAAUUCCAUAAUUAAUUCGAAAUUGUGUAGACAAAAUACAAUGGCAAUUCAAUGGUCCCUGUCAUAUUCACCGGCGGAGCAUGAUAACUUUGCCGUAGAUCGGUUGGGUUUAUGUCUCGAGCAGUGCCGAGAAUCGCGAAGCGAGCGGCCCCAUAUCUCGAGAUAGCAAAAAGUCGCCACACCGCUUUCAAGAUAUAUUGUCUUAUUUAACGACUCUAUAACUGAGUUUUCUGCACUCAUACUAUUUUUUCAUUCACUUUGAACAAAUUAAGAAUAAGGACUCUUUAUGAAAUCCUAGAUAAAACUGAAGGUAUUUAAUGGAUACGGUCCUCACUUGAUGGAAAUUUAUUAUAAAUAAAAUAAAACAAAAUAUAUUUGUGGAAAUGACUUUGUUUUAUUCUAUUUAGAACUCAUGGUAUCUUAAAAUUGAAUGCAAUUGUCUAGUUAUUUGCUUGAUUAUCCAUUAAGUAGGAUUAACUACCAUAUUUCAUACAAGUUCAAAGUUCCUUCUUCAAAUACACUCUUAUGAAAAAUUACUCUGAUGGUGAAAAGUUGUUGAAAUAUGAAUUUAAAUAAUUCCCUUCACAAAUUUGUCACAAUAAGCUUCCCGAUAUAGUGAGAGAAUUACAAUUUCAGAAGAACUGAACCUAAUCAAAUUGCUCUAUGCAGUCGACACCAUACAACUUGCUCCAUUUCCUUCACAACCUUUUAGUAUUAUUAACGAUAAGUGUAAGACUAGUCAAAAAAUGACCAUAAUGGUAUUUGAAAACUUUCAGAGAUACGUGUUAUUAACGUACCAUCUAUUCUUUCUGUGAUUUCCUCAUUUUAGAUUUAUAGAAGGUUUUGCGUGUAAUUUGAUAUUUUAUUGAAUAUGUUUUGUUUCGAUCUAUUGAAGCUGAAAUAUUGUUUGAACAUUACAUUAAGAGGGUGGGUUCAAGAGAAGACUAACUUUGUUUUUAAUGCUAAAAUUCCGCGAAUUGACUUAACCUUUCCAGUCCAAAUUAUCAAUUAUAAAAAAAAAAAAAAAUUAUACACUAAAAGAAAUUCAGAUACACUCCAUAAACACAAAUAUAUGAGAAAUGGAUGUUAAAAAGUGUCCUGAUCUUUGCAGGACUCAUGAUACCAUAUGGCAUCAUUGGGAGUUACCCAAACAUCGACAGAAUUUUUAUAAUUCUUCAUUUCAACAGAAUAAAUAUUUAUUUGAUCUUACUAUAUAAUAUUUUAUAUCGAAUGAAAAGAUAAAAACAAAUUCUGCCUUUUGUUGGGCAUAGAGCAAUAUUGCAUUCCAUCCAUAGAAUAUGCUGUGACACAAAAUUUGCAAUGCUGCUUUUGUUCAUUGAUUUCUAGUGCCUAGGUCAUAUUUAUCAUAUUUUACACCCUCAUUGGGCUUUGAUGCAUAGGUAAAGGUGAAUUUGAUGUAGAGGAAGGUCUCUCCCUUACUCGCUGGAUGUUAUUUUUCUGUCUUGAGGAGACCAUCAGCUCUCUGCGAUCAGAAGACUAUUAGUGACAUGUUUUAUCAUUUUUCUGGAUCAUGUGCCAUUUGUACAAUAUCCAAGAGUUAACAUGUCUACUAUAUUGAAAAAAAAUUCGGAGAUAGAAAUGCUUGACAGUAAAAUUUAUUGGGUUAAGUUCCACUAACAUAUCAUGUUGGUCCGCACACCUAUGUUAGUGCUGUAGUCUUUGAAAACAACUUGGCGGAUUACAUCUAUCAAAAGAAUGGGAGUGGUAGGGAUAUAUUGUGCUCUCAAUUUUUAUGAAUAAAAAUGAUUAUUAAUAUAAACUGCAAGUUAUUAGAUGCAAAAGUGCAUAAACAUAAAUAUAUAACUCAAUACUUGAAAUGUUUGAUGUCUAUAGAAAUAUAAAUAAGCAACAAGGUGUUUAGUGGCAUCUUGUGAUUAAUGGGAGCGCUUAUUGCUGAUAAUACCAUAUAGCAUCACGUGGCUGGAAAGGGUUAAGUCUAAUGCCUGCCUUCUUCAAAACUUAUAUAUUCCACUAACGGUUAGUUUAUUUCUUUGGAAUUUGUGGUCUAAAUACAUUACAUAAUACAUGUAUAUAACUUAACUGAGUAUACAAGGAAACAUCUGCAGUUAGUAUGUAUCAAGUGUAUGUGAGAAAUACAGAAUUUUGAAGUUUCUUCGUCAUUCAUUGCAUAACAUAUGACUUGUACAGGUAUUAAGAAUUUGUGUUGGGAGGGACUAUAUAAGAGUGAAAUGUCCAGAGACAUUUCUGGUCGCUCUUAACCAUUCUGAUGUUGUGAAAGAUAUUUGGGUCACAUCUUCUUUAGUCUAUAUAUUCAUGCAUAGUUCUGAUCUGAUUAAUAGACUUCUAACCCUGUAUUACCCUAGUACUUUUUCGUGUCCAUAUUUCUGACAGAUGUCCGGGAUGAUCGAUCUGCCCUUAGACAUUUCAGGGAGAAAAACUCAAUGAAUAGAGCAAAAGAUAGGUACUCAGAACAAUUGACAUAUGACUCUUCAUACAUGAAAAUUGUCAUCAAAUAGAUAAUAAAAAGGUCUAGUGUGAUACGGGGUUAACAAAACGUGGUAUCUAACUAGUCAUGAAUGUUUCUGCAUGACUUUUCUGAGAGAAUGGAAUCAUUUCUAUACUGACAACAUAUUAUUUCAGCUUUAAAUAAGAUUUAUUUAGUAUUAUUUUAAUUAAUAAUUUAAAUUGCCAAGAAAACUGAUUAUAAUCAAUUAAAUUCCAAAGUAGUCCAUUUUAUACUAAUGUGCAUGUUUCGCCAUUUUUAGUCGUAUGUAAUACAAUAUCGUAUUUCAUGUGAUUAUCUCCAAAUAGUUAUUUCAAUCUUACUCAUCUGUAUUAUUUGAUUUCCUGAAAUUAUUUGUAAUUCAUCUGUGUCUGUAGAUUGUUAAAACUGUUCAAAACAUUAUAUGUUAAUCCAAAAGGACCUAUUAUUACUGCACAACGGUUAUUGAAUUUCAUGUUUGGAAUUGAAUUGCAUGCAGAAAAUAUGUAAUAUUUUUAUCCCAUUGAACUUUGUUGAGUUCGAUCUUAAAAAGUUGUAAUUUAAGUUCAAAUAAAAAAAUAAUACAAGUCUG